GUGAGGCAGAAAAUCGAGCAGCACUUGGUCAGGAUUCCUAAUUGGCCCGCCUUGGUUGAAGAUGCCAUAUGCCUUCUGCGGGGUCCAAGCCAGCGAACUCCAAAAGCAGCUCUACCUCCCGCACUAGCCAUUGCUACUACGCCUUGCUGUGCGACUGGUGACGACCUUUUAGCAAUGGCAGCUGUCUCACCAACUAAAGGGCGCAGUCGAAGUCCAGCAGUUCGGUUACAAGCGGCGCAUCCAUCGAUUUCUCCUCGGUCAUCCCUCCUCCCUAACCGAUCAGCCAGUGUAACACCUCGAACCGCAGUCUUCGAGCCUCCCACAAGGGACAGCUCCGGUUGCGUGUUCCAAGGCCAACUUUCACGUCGCUCCUCCAUCGAUAGAUUCUCCCACCUUAUUCCCGGCUCACCGACCCCUUCCGCUCUAGAUUCACGCACAAUCGUCACACCGCCGUUUCCACACUCACAACUUUCACUUAUGUACACACACAAUGUCGUCUUCGCGUACAUCGUCUUCAACGAGUUCUGUCUCGAACUGGCGGGUCUCUGCUGCGAACACAGUGUGUCAGUGGCAAGUGUGCAGCCUCAGUUUGAGAAGACUAUGGAACUGGAGCGAUGUCUGGCGGACUUUUGA